GAGGUGUACAUGAAGCAGAAUCAUGAAAACGUAGAAAGAGCUGAGAGUGAGCUCAACACUCUCCAUGAGGACAUGGAGCAGACUCUUGAGCUGCAGCGGCGAUUGGCUCAAAGGGCAACGGCCCUGGAGAAAGAAAAGAAGGACCUAGAGGUUGCUCUUCAACGAAGGGUAUUAGAUUUUGAGAACGAGAGGAUCUCAAUGCAGACUCGUAUUCAAAGCAUGGGUGAAGAUCUGAGGGCCAAGACAGAGGCCCAGGAAAAAGUCAAUCAGUUACAGGCAGAGUUGUUAUCUACUCUGGAUGUGAAGGUCAAGCUCGAAGAACGACUCGAGAAUUUCGCAAAAGAAACAGCCUUCCUUAAAAAGAAAGCGGAUGACUACAGCAAUGAGCUCCGAAAUUUGAUUAUUAAGGAGCAAUUCGAUCAAAAAUUGGAUAGAAUGGGAAGAAAAUCAGUGGUGCGUCGGGCAUUCAUACAUUUUCAAAUGGGAGUUAGAGAUCAGUGUGUCGAUACAGCCAAUGCAGAAAAAGCCAUCCGCCUGUAUAGACUCCAUUGUUGUAAGCGCUUGUUUUUGAAACUGCGGUUGGGCGCUUACCGCGCGUCCGCAAUUCGUAAAGCUGCUGACAAACAUAAACAGGCUGCUUUCAUUAGAGUUUGGAAAUACUGGAAGUUGAAUCUGAUUGUGAAGCACAAAGGUCUUGAAUCAUUGAAGAAGCAAGCAGUGGCACGAGCAACCCAUGCAUUGCAGGCAUGGGUGGCUUACGUCAUCCACAUUCGCCUCAAUCCAGAACGGAAUGAAGCAGCAGUAUCGCAUUGGAAUCGAAAGUGUCUUCGAAGUUUUUGGGAUAGGUGGUCAAAUACUCUUCGUUACUGGAAAUUGGGGGCUAGAGAAGAGAACCUCCUCACGGGGAAAGCUAACAGGCAUUUCACAAAAACGGUGAUGCGCCACACCUUUGAGGCAUGGCAAGUCUGGCUCAGAGUAUAUGCACGACCUGAGAGGGUGAAAUUCGCAGCUGUGCAAGCUCAUAUCAACAGAAUGACGAUGAAGCAGUAUUUGUCUGCAUGGCGUUGCGUAAUUUAUGUGAAAUGGGUUCGCAGCAUGAAGCUUGAGGAAGCAACCAAACUAAGCCAAGUUUGGUGCAUGAAGAGCACUUUUUACAGGUGGUUGGAAGGAAUCCGUGCAGUGAAGCUCCACAGGACACUCCUUACCCAAGCCAUUGCAUUCCGACUGUUCAAACAAGGACAAUCAGUUUUCCGACGCUUGCGCCAUUUUCGUCAACGAAGUCUGCACAUGCGAAUCUACAACAAAAUGGCUUUUCGACAUUAUCUUCACAGUCUUUCUAUCAAGAGUAUGCAAAUCUGGAGAGAAAAUGUCAACUACAUAAAAGCACAACAAAGAGCUACAGCAGAAGUAAACCAGGCGCUGACAAGGGCAGCAAUGGUCUUUUGGCGAGAUUAUCAUGUGUACGAAUCAAUAAAAAAGAAGAAGGAUUACAGGGCUGUAAUACAUAUGAAACGAAAACAAAACAAGCUGGUAAAAAAGAUAUUUGUUAUGUGGUGGGAGCAAGUGGCUUGGAAGCGAAAGGCCGUUCAGUUGGAUAACUUAUUGGCAGUACGCCGACGCCGGACACUGCUCAUCCAGAGCUUGCAUGUCUGGCUGCAUGCUACUAUUGAUGGUCUUUUGCUUGCAAAUGCUAAAUUUCAUGAAGACCUUUUGGAAGCUCAGGCACAAUUUGAGGAACAGAAGCAUCAAGUUACUGCAGUGGACGUGGAGAAUCUUCAACUUAUUGACCGUCUACAUACAAUGUCAUCAGAAGUAGCAUUUUUUAAGACUAGCAUCAGUGAAAAGGAGAAACAAGAGGAGGAUCUUCAUCGUGCUCUAGAAGACAGUACCAUGCUGGAAAGUUCCAUGCGCAGUGAGAUUGAGCAGCAGCACGUGCGAUGUGAGGGGCUCGAAAGUGAAAUUCAAAUUCUCAAGAAAAAGCUUCAGAUGAAGAACGUGGAGGAUACUGCUGGAGAAAUCCACCAUACCUUGGAAAUUCAAAACUUAGAACAAGCUCUGAAAGAGCUUCGCAUCCAACUAAGUGACAGAACUUCUCAAAUUGAGUCCUACGAGAAGGCGUUAAAAGAAACGGGAGAAAGACUGGAAGGGGCGUCGGAUGAGUCCCAAGAGAAACUUACAAGUGCUUUUGAAAUUGCUGGAUCAUUACGCAAAUUGUUGGAAGAUCGUGAGAGCCAAUUUGCCACCUUUGAAGGAAAUUGCCGGAGGCGAGAACUAGAGUUGAGUGAGGUGCAGCGUAAACUGGCUGUGGCAAACUGCACGUUGUGUGAAACAGUCGAAUACAGGGACGCUCGCAUCCAAGAGCUAGAGACUAUGCUUAGCACUAAGCAGCAAGAGGUGCAAGAGGUGCAGCAACAAUUACAGCGUUUAGAGCUGGCCAUGGAUUCCAAAGAGAGCCGGGUACGCAAACUAGAAUACGAAAUCAAGCUUAUGUCCGAACAAACUGCGUUGAAGGCGAACACGUUUGUUUCAAGCUUAUAUUCCUGGGAAGCAACGUCACAGUUCCAAUCUGAUGCAAAUGCCCCUCUGAAAGGGGGCUGCUCGACGAAGCAGUCCAUGCGCCAGACGUACGACGAAGCCAAGAGCGUUCUUCAACACAGUGUUUUAUCGAGCUUGGACGAAGGCGUACCAAAGUUACGAAGGGUUCGCACAUCCUAUGCAUGUGUGACGGAGCCUUCCGCCACAAAUUUUGAAGACAUGCCGGGAGAGGUGCCAUCCCGUGGGUUAGACGUCGUAGCUCAGGAACCAACCUGUACGCAGAUUGAACCACUUCCCCCUCAAGAGAAUUCCACCCCUUCACUGGAGAUGAAGACGCCCGUUGAUGCCAGUGUUGGACUGGGAUCUUGUCAACCUGAUUUGACCAUGUCAGUGCCAUCCCGCCCUGACGAACGUGCAGUAAUGGAUGUGGGAACCGACACCCGUAGGCAGCUGGGUGAAGACACAUUUGAUCAUGAGAGCCGCUCCGUGCUAUUGUAUCAAGGCCAGGGCACGUCGCAGCGAGACUGGGAGACGUCAAUUGCGCUUGUAUCGACGACAAGGCCUACGCCAAUCCUACCCUCAACAGGGCCUACACCGCCAGGGUACAUGGCGGAGCCUGCGUAUGUUCUGGCCGAUGGACGAGACUCCCAGGAUCACCCACUAGAAGGUGGGGGUGGGGCAAUGAUUCAAAGCUCGGGGGAAGGGCACCACCGCAUGAUUUUAGACGACGACCCCAAUGCGGUCGAUAGUUUGCACCUUGAAAUCCAGCGCCUGCAAUCGCGCAUCAUGAGCCGAUUGCGAGAUUCGGCAGGCGAUCCUGAAGGCUCUUUCAAUCGAAGUGGCUCCAGAGCAACAACUCAACAGCCCCUGCCAGAAUGUGGUACAAGUUCCGGAAGGACAUGGGACGGUCGAUGAAACUAAGAUACAAUUCCAUGGAUUGUUCGAUAUAGAUCGGUGUCAGCAACUUCAGCAACCUCGUGUUUGAUAUAGAAUGGCUUCCUCCGUCUAGAUGUUCACUGUGCCACUCCCCGAGCACUGAAAUGUGAAGGAUCAAUUUCGCAGACAACACGUUGAAGGUUGCACAACGGCAUUUGUAUGCAGAAUCGUGAUCAGCAACAUCACAACUUCAAAGAAACACGACCAAGUUGAUUCAACAACAUUGCUCACCAAUGAUGAUGAACGUGAAAACGAAAGUGGGUCGCAGAGGAGGCUACCAGUGCUCGUGGACCUACAGAAACCAACUUUAAACCUUGAAUCAUGAGUGCACCUUGCGGCCAUUGCUGAAUUGAGUGGAAACUCUCCAGACGCUCCCCUCUGCAGCAAAUCAAUCAAGACGAUCUUUAGCCCUUGGCCCUCUCAGUGACAAGCAGCGACGCCUAAGUAGAUGAAUGAAGCAGCUCUUGGGAUUUCGGUGCAAGUGGACUGAUUGUGAAACCCACUUGGGCCACUGGGCUAUGUCAUGGAACAUUUUCUUAUCUUUACUCAAUUUCAGAUUUAUGUACCAUAUAUUCA